AUGGGCAACAAGGUUGGAACGCCAUGCAUGUGCAUUCCCAUAAAAAGAAUGAAAAGAAAGGAAACAAGAGUUGCUGCUAAUUUUCCUUCCAUCAGUGAUUUGAGCCUUGACAAUUUUCUGGACGCCAUUGAAGAACAAACUCCUACUCAUCUUGACGUCCCAUCUUUUCUUUGCCAAAUCUGCUUUGAAUCGAAGCCUCUAAACCAGUCCUUCGACUUGGAGGGUUGCACGCACUUCUACUGCACAAGAUGCGUAGCCCAAUACAUCGUGGCGAAGCUCAAAGACAAUGUGUUCAAUGUCGUGUGCCCUGAGCCAACAUGCUCUGGAAUCUUGAACCCUAACCACUACAAAUCAAUUCUACCGAGCAAUGUUUUCGAAUGGUGGGAGCGCGUUCUAAGCGAAUCGGCGAUCCCUGAAAAUGUCAAAUUCUAUUGUCCUUUCAGUGAUUGCUCUGCCUUGUUAAUCAACAACAAUGAUGAUGGAAAAAGUAGGAUGCUGGGAUCGGAUUGUCCUCAUUGCAAGAGAAGCAUUUGUGUCAAGUGUCAAGCACCUUGGCAUACAGAAUUGAGCUGUGAGAAAUUUCAGAAAAAGAAUAACAAAAGCAAUGAUCUGAUGCUGGAUUUAGCCAAGAGAAGGAAGUGGAAACAGUGCCCUAAUUGCAAACGCUACGUUGAGAAGACAGAUGGCUGCAAUGAUAUAACAUGCAGGUCCGUUUCCUUUUUUUUCCCUUCUUAUAUAUAA